UUGAGCAGUGUAGAUCAUAUUGAACCCUGGUCUGUCUCUCUUUGUGCAGGCGAUGAUAACUUUGGCAGGAAGGUGAUUGUGUUUAAUGCCUGCAGGAUGCCACCACAACAUCAGCUAGACCAUCACAAACUGCUGAUGUAUCUUAAAGGAACACUGGAUCAGUAUGUAGAAAGUGACUACACUCUGAUCUAUUUCCAUCAUGGGCUGACCAGUGAAAACAAACCAUCUCUCGGCUGGCUACGAGACGCAUACAGGGAGUUUGACAGAAAGUAUAAGAAGAAUAUCAAGGCUCUAUAUAUUGUCCAUCCCACCAUGUUUAUCAAGACUCUGCUGAUCCUCUUCAAACCGAUCAUCAGUUUUAAAUUUGGCAGGAAGAUCAACUAUGUGAGCUAUCUGAGUGAGCUGGAAGACGUGGUGAAGUGUGAGCAGCUGGUUAUUCCUGCCCGUGUCAAAGAGUACGACAACAAGUUGAGAGCAUCUCUGAAACCAGCUGCCCAGCCUCCCAUGUCUCCUCCUCGCAGCCCUCCCCUCCCCAACCAGAUCUUUGGGGUUCCACUCAUAUUGCUCAGGCAGAGGAGUCCAGAUAAUGAUUCAGUUCCUGUGGUGAUGACAGACACCAUUAGCUUCCUCUCAGAGCAAGGUUUGGAGAUUGAGGGCAUCUUCAGACGGUCUGCCAAUGUGACCCUGGUAAAGGAGGUCCAGCUCAAGUACAACUCAGGUACGGCAGUGGACUUCAAAGAGAUGGAAGAUGUCCACUUGGCUGCUGUGAUUCUGAAGACGUUUCUAAGGGAACUACCUGAGCCUCUGCUGACUUACCAGCUCUACAACGAUAUUGUCAACUUCACCUCUGUGUCCAGUGACAGUCAGGUUACAGUGAUGAAGACUUUGGUAGAGUCACUGCCAGAGGAGAACUACAAGUCACUGAGAUACCUCAUCACGUUCCUUGCACAGGUGUCAGCUAAUAGUGAAGUGAAUAAGAUGACUAACAGUAACCUGGCUGUGGUUUUUGGUCCCAACCUGCUCUGGGGGCGGGACAACGCUAUGUCACUAAGCGCCAUUGGACCAAUCAACAACUUCACCAGAACCCUGCUGGACCAGCAGCAUCUGGUCUUCACCUAAAUCCUGGCCCAUUUUCUUCCAGUCAGAACCUCCGCUGAGAGGGUACUUCUCAACCAACUGCACUUAAACUAAACCAACUCCCUCUGCUUUUCCCUUUAAACACCUACAGUAAAAUAUUCCAUGAACCAAUAACAUUUCAUUUUUGUCUCCAACCAGUCAACAUUCUGAUUGGGACACAGGCAGAGCAUGUUUUGUUUGAAGUGGUCAUUUCCAGUCCAGAUCAAAGUUCCAACUCCAGGCAUGAAUGGACAUAAAUCGAAAUGUAGAGUAAUCCUCUCUCUAAAAAUGACUUGUAGCACAAAAUUCAAUUUAUCCAAGCUUAUAAAUUGAAUUCUCAUCCAUUCACAGUGACUCUCUCUGGUCCGACAUAUUUAACAUCUGUUGUUGGUGGCAAAGUUUUGACCAGGCAGGUCAUUUAUUUUUGCUACUUUGGUGUUGCCUGUUGUCAUUUUGAGAGGGCUACUCAGUAAGUGCUAAUAAUAUAACAGUAACCAUAAAAAAACUAGAAAGUCGUUGACUUUGUUACAGCAUUUUAUUAUUCCUCCAAUUUCUAUCAUUGGAGGAAUAAUUUCUUUCAACUUGCGCAAAAAUGUUUAGUUUCAAAACCAAAACAGUGAUCUGGGAGAAAAUUCUGAGUCACUGCCCAAUAGGUCUGGUGUUGGGAAAAGUAACUGAACUAGUCAGAGCUCCGGCUGGUUCUGGUGGGGUGAAGGAAGGGGACAUCAUUUUUUUUCUACCCCAGAUGCAGACAAAUUUGGUCAGAAAAAUCACCAUACAAAUACCAACAAGUGUAGAUGGGAUUGAUAAUGAAGAAACUCAAUGGUUAGAAAUAUACUACACUAUAAAGUGCUGUAACAUAAUCAGGGAUCUUCUAGGUAUUGGCUACAAUACAGGCAACCUUCCUGACUCCUCCACCACCCUACUACACGCAACCAACCCUUCUACUUCUACUAGAAAUUCCAGCCCUAAUUGCAUGUGUUUAUAGUUGUAUUUAACUGUCUAAGUGAACACAGUCUGACUGUAGUCUUGUAGCAGUUGGAAAUAGAGUCUCUAGACAUCCCCGGUCCUCUCUGUGCAGUGCUGUUGUCAAUAUGUCUCUCUGCUGUUUUCUAUGUAGUGCCAAAAAACUACAGAAAAAUGGCCUCCAGUGUUCUCAGAAAGACCCAGAGAGAAUAAUAAUUCUAGAUAAUUAAAGAGAAAAGCAAUGCAGUUACCAAAUGUCACCUCUAGGAUUAUGCUCCAAAAAAAGAGAUACAAGAUAAAGAGAAUGGAGGUGCACCUCCAUGAUAGUUUCUCAGGGGAAAUUGAAAAGAUGAACCUGGUACCAAACAGUGUGGACAAUCUAUAAUGCUGUAAUUAAAGCAGCUAGUAAAAUAUGAGUUGUGUCUUUAUACCCGCAACUCAGAAAAUGUUGGAGGAAAUCAGUGCUGGAGCUGGUGUAAGUAGCAGCAGCUCUAUAAUAUGCUGUACCAUAUCAUGGUAUGACUCUUUAUGGCUUUCUCCUACAUUUGACUUAAUAUAUAAUAUUAUCCCUGGAUUUAGUCAGCAUAACUUCUACCCCUGUUACAACAUUAGAAUUCACCAAACUCUCAGAGUACUUCUCAGAGUAGCUUUUUUUAAUGGUACGGAAUAGACGGCAGACAUACAGUAGCUCCAUACACUGAAGUGGAAUAUUCAGUUGUAGGAAUCCGGAAAACUCACCCGUGUUCUGCUGGCUAGAAUAAGCAGGAAAUUACUUCCAGUUGCGUAUAAGUCUUUAACAGAUAACUCAUUCCAGUUUUCCUUAUUGUCAGAAAAUUCCACCGUAAAGACCAAAACUAACAUUGUUAGUCUGUCUUUUAAUACGUUCUUAUUUCCCUACCAUGUUUAUCUUAUCCAGACAACCACCCAAUCUCUAAUAGAUCUGCUUUCACUUCUCACUGUACUCUUUUGUAGAAGCUAUAGCUUCAUGUAAGUUUUAAGUUCCAUUUUUUACUCCAGGUUUUAAAACAGCUUAUAGCCAGGGCUGAAUAAAUUAAAUGCGCUGGCACUAGGUUUAGUAGAAGACUUAUAUGAAAACAAAUACCAAUCUUAUUAUCAUGAAUCACAAAAAUGUAACCAAGCUCUAUUCAGGGAAAGUUGGAUGCAAUGUUUUGAUUUGAAACAUCACGUCAGCUGGGUUAGUCAGCAAAUUGUUCGCGUAAUGUACUGAUGUCACUCUUCAGGAUUUAUGGGAGUUGAAAGCUUGUGCCCAGUGCAGUUGUUGGACUCCUGGUUGUCGUGUUGUUGUGUGAGGAGACUGUUGGUCUGAUCACAUGACAGUACUGAUGCAAGUUAUCAUCAUAAUAUUUGUGUUGGGUUGUUGUAAAUCAUUAUUCUUUGUUUUCCUCUAAUAGUAAUGAUGCAUGGCAUCACCUCUGUGUGCAUUCUGGAUAAUUGAGUUUGGAAUGCAAGAUGAUGCAAGAGUAAUCCUUUUUAUUUAUUUGUAUUCGUCCUAUAUAUGGCUUGGAAUAUUACUUUAAAUAAUUAAUGAUAAUGAUGUGAUGUGAGUUUUAUUUAUAUCUUUAGUUGCCUUACAUUUUGCUUGAGGCUGUGUCACUAAUGGAGCCUGUCCAAGUUGUAUGAUGGUUUCUGGAUAUCAGCAGGGUCCUCUGGUCUGUCAGUUAGGGAUCUUCUAUGCUGAGCUGUGUGAUUAUUGAAAAUAACACUCAGCACAAGGGGUUGAAUACUGAACCUCUUGAGUGCUUUUGUUUUUUCAUGCAGUUUGGUGUGAAUUAUCUUGCUUGUACAGUACCAUGUGAUCUUGCCUACAAACAUUUCAGCAUUGUUCAUUCACUUUUUAAUACAAAACACUGUUUAGAUAUAAACUUUGUCAACCUUGAAAUAGCCACCAAUUUACUGCAUCAACAGACAGAAGGAGCUGUAGACUUCCAGUUGUAUCUGUCCAGGACUCUCAAAACUCAAAACAAAUUAAGAAAUCUGAGAUAAAACAUCACUCUUGAACAAUCUGUGAUGUAGGUUCAUCUGGUUUUAAAUGGUCACAAGCCAAAAAUGUUUAGAAACCAGUGGUGUAUGGUACACUAGUGAUACACAGUACAGGUUUAAGUCACUGUUUGUAAGCUCCAUUUAGACCUGCUUCAGCUGCAUCAUCCGUCCACACUAACAGCGGCUUCAACUGGAGUUUAAAUUUCGCUUCAAAAGAAGAGCUAUGUGAAUAUAAAAAAGAAAUAAUGAGAAGACAGAGGGCUAGCAGUUUCCUAAACAUCUCCCAGCAUGUUUAAGUUAUUGUUAAAGCUAUAAUUCCCGGGCCAAAUACAAUUUCUGUACUUUGUUGUGCAUCUUAAAACUUUAUCUUUGGUCAUCAUUCAAUUUCCAAAGCUUUAAUUCAGAUACCUUUCUCAUUUUCUGCCAAACUUUCUCCAAAUUCCACUCAUUCAAAGCUUUGUGUUAUGUCACAUUCAAAUCAUAGCUAUAUAAGACUUUGGCUGGAUUGUCACAGGAACAAAACGGUAACCUUUGUCCUGUGUGACCCUGAUCAGUUUCGUCCCCUUUCUGUGGUCAUGCAGUCUCUGGUGAUGACUCCUGGCCAAACUUUUCUAUUGAUUCAGUUGUCUUUUAUUCUGUAAAUGGCCAAAAAAAUUGCAGUACUGUUGUGAUGUUGCUAUAAUUGUUAAUAUGAUGUGAUUUAAAAGUACCAAAAGAUAGAGAUUUAUUUUGACUGAAACUGAAAGCAAAAAAAAGAAAAAAGAAAAUCUUUACUUAUUGUAAGCCCCAGUCAUGUCAGUGUCUUGGUAUUUUGACAUGCUAUUGGUGUAUACAUGGGUGUGUGUAUGUGUAUGAGUGUAAAUGCUAUCUCAGCUGGCCCCAAAUAGACACAAUAGGUCUAAUUCUUGGGGUUAAAAUAUAUAGUUAAAAAAUGUCACCUGAGGUAUGUGUGUGUAUAUAUAUUGUUGUUGUAAGGUGGAAACAUAGUGACUCGAGUUUUGGUGAUUCUUAUUAUUUGAGAUAAUGACUCUUUAGGUUGAGAAAGUUGUACAACACAUCUGUCAAAACCUGAUUGCAAAAAUAAGAUGAAAUCAAGGUAGUUUUUCUUAGCCCAUGAAAGACUGACUAUAUGUAACUUGAUUUUUUUCCUUUGACAACAGCAGUGUGUGUGUGUGUGUGUGUGUGUGUGUGUGUGUGUGUGUGUGUGUGUGUGUGUGUGUGUGUGUGUGUGUGUGUGUGUGUGUGUGUGUGUGUGUGUGUGUGUGUGUGUGUGUGUGUGUGUGUGUGUGUGUGUGUGUGUGUGUGUGUGUGCCUUAUUUGUUUUCCCCAAGUGAUCAUGUGAUCAGCCAUCAAAGUGCCACUGUGCCCAUUCUGCCAUAAAUUAAAACAACCUGAGGUGUGUUCCACAAAGCUGUGGUGUUUGUACAGGGUUCAAAUCUGGACGUUAACAGGCACAGAAAACACAAUGGGGACAAUGGAGCUCCUUGUCAAACUCCUCGUCUGGUUGAACACAGCUCAGCUGUAAUGUGGAUUAUAGCAGGAUUGAGAAAUGUAACCUCAGAAAUAUGGAACCUAUAACUACUGAAUAGGAUUUAAAGCUACAAGAAAAAAAUUUCUCAUUACAUUUUAUUUUCAAUUUUAAGGUUACACAUAUUUCAAGAAUUUCUAUAUCAAAUUAAUCUUACAGUAAUUUUACAGUAAAAUCAACCAAGUAUCAGUCAUGUUCAUUUAAUUUCUAUAAAAAUGUUUCUCCUCAACUCUGCUGUUCGAUUACAGCCCUGCAUAGUCUAUGGAUCUUUGUACUGUAACAGUUGUCAUGGUGACAGUGAACAAUAUUCCUCUCUGGGAGAAAUUAUUUGAUUUCAAGGCAGAUUUAUUGAUACUUAGUGAUGUUAUUUUCUGAACUCUUUUUCAUCCUUUACUUUUGAUAUGCUGUGGAUCUUACUCUUAUAUAUGUACUGUAUAAUAUAAUGGUAAUAAGCUGUAAUAUCAAUGUGUGCAAACAAUAAACAAAUGGUGAAAGACA